AAUCAGGAUAGGUUAGCUAGCUGGUUAGCCUAGCCACUUGCUAACGCAGCCACAGAGGCACGGGAAAGAGCUAACGUUAACAGGCUAGCCACGGGAAAAGAAUAGCCUAACGUUAGUAGCAACCGCUGCAGCGACAUGUUUGAUGUUGGUUGGCUACAGCAGCAGCUCCGAGGAGGAAAGUGAGGCGGCUGAUCAAAGCAAAAGUUGCUCUCGAAAGUGUCAAGAGGAAGAUGACGGUGAUGAUGGCUGCCCAGCGAGGAAGAAACCCAAAAAUGAGGAACGGGUUCCUAAAACAAGCAGCCUGCCUCUUCCUGGUUGCCUGUUGGCCAUGUUUCCAGAAGAAGUCGAUUCACAGACUGAAGACAGCGCUCUUCACGGUGGACGCAUCCGCUCCUUCAAACAUGAGAGAGGAAACUGGGCCACCUAUGUUUAUUUGCCAUACCAUCCUGAGGAGGAGUUCAGGGAGUUGUUGGAGGCGCUGCUCUCAGUAGCAAGAGCCCAUGGUGCAGUUUUGACCCCGCAGGAGGAGUUCCACCUCAGCCUGUCACAGACGGUGGUGCUGAGACACCACUGGAUCCAACCCUUCACACAGAGCCUCAGGGCAGGCCUGGUGCACUGCAAGAGGUUUGUGUGCUCAGCGGGGAGACUGAGGGUCUAUUGUAACGCUGAGAGGACGAGGACGUUUCUGGGGAUGGAAGUGUGUACUGGGCAUGCUCAGUUGUUGGACCUGGUCCAAGCAGUGGACAGAACAAUGACAGAGUUUCGCCUGGACACUUUCUAUAAGGAUCCAUCUUUCCACGUGAGUCUGGCCUGGUGUGUUGGAGACAUGACAGGACAGAUGAAGGAAUGCAUUCAGGAGCUGCAGAGUCUGGUUGAUGACCAUGAAGACGGACCAUUUCUGCUAAGGUUAGACUGCGUGGAGCUGCGCUGCAGGACGGGAAACAAGACCUUCCGCUUCCCUCUAGAAACCUAAAGUUUGACACGUGUAUACCCUGACCGCUGGACCUUUUACAGCUGUGUUCUUCUGACCCACAUCAAUGAGCCAGAAACGUGCUCAAACAAGAAUGAGAGAAUGAAAGGAUAUGGCGAAGGCCAAAACAACAUCAUUUUUAGUUGCAUGAGUACCAUAUCCAGCAUGACUGAAACCUCUCGUCAAGUCAUGAGCAAUUCUGCAAAGCCAGGAGAAGGACUCAAUACAGGUGUUAUUAUAGUGUUGACUGUAAGGAUGACAGUAACCUAUCAGCUGUCAUCAUCCUAAUCCUGUUCCAGACAAAUGUUCUUGGGAGAUUAGCCUGUUGGUGAACUUAUCCAUUUAGUGAUUGUAUUAGUAUUGAUAGUAUUGUAAUUGUCUAUAUUAUUUUAAUACUGUAUAUAAAUAAAGUUGCUACUGGUUUUAUACUUA